AUGCCACCUUCUACCCGUCGGCCGGGUGUCCCUCUCGCCGAUUCGGAGGAGAGGAACCUGGCCGCUCUCACGAAACGCGUUCUCUGUGCCCACGCGCCUGUCGGGAAGACCAUCGAAGAGGUUCUACCUGCUCUUACCAGCUUGCCCAAGGUUGAUCUCCAGCUAUAUGGCUUCAUAUCUAUUAUCUUAAGGGAUUUUGUCCAAUCGUGGUACCAGAAAAUCACACCGGACCACGAGUUUAUCGACGAGAUUGUUCUUAUCAUUGCCCAUUGUACAUUAUCAUUGGAGCAGCGUAUUCGCCAGGUGGACCUGGAGACCCUUCUCCUAGAGGAAGCCCCUGUUCUACUGGAAACCCACGUUAAAGACUACCGAGUCGCUUUAGAGCGGCAGUCUACCGCACUAUUUCCACAUGCAACUGUCAAUGAAAUCUUCCACAGCAUGCAGCCACACCCCGCCCUUCUCUCCUCCCCCGAGAGCGAAAGGCUCUACCUCAAGAUGCUGGGGUCUGGGGUGCUCACGGCCCUCCUGCCGCCGGCGGACCUGCAGUCGGAUUGCGAACGACUUUUGGUUCGAGAGAUUCUAUCCAAUAUGGUGCUAUGGAAUGUCGUUGAUAGACUGAGUGAACCAUUCAUGCUGUUCGAGAUGAUCACAAAGGUGGUCACGGUCCUAACGGCCCCGAACAAAGUCAAACCCAAAACCGUUUCCCACGCCAAAAGCACCGAAUUAAUGUCACUGCUCCAAACCGAACCCCCAGAGCCAAUCAAAAAGGCCGAUGAUCCGGACCAAUCCAUUUUUCAGGCCCUCUCUACGGCCGCCCUAACCUACCUCGAACACGCCUACACGUUCAUAUCCACCACCGCGGUUGUCGCACGACACGCAUCUGCAUCUCUGAUGUCAUUGUGGAAAGAACCCCCGCAGGAGCCACCCCGCCGGAGAAAACAAAUCUUAAAAUUAUCGGUGUGGAAAACUUUGGUCACGUUAUUUUCACUCGAUAGACGACAACCCUGGUUGCUCGGGUCGAUACAGUUGGCCGCAAAGCCGCUAACCGAGCAGCCGCCGGGGUCUCUAAUCGAUAAUUAUCUUUCUCAUGUCUUCACUCAAUCACUUCUGAAUGAAGAAAUUCUCAUCAAAAUCCUUUCUAUCGCCCGGAACACCCUGUUCCCAAACGGCUCGCUCGCUCCUCCCCGUACUUAUCCAACAGAAGACGAAAAGGUGCUAAUUCAGAAGCAAGCCGAGCUGGCAAUCUGGAACGCCAUCCCGGAUGUACUUAAGUCCAUGUACUUGCCAGCGAACAAGGACGACCAACUGCGGGAGAUCGGAGAGAGUCUGGCCUUCUUGCGGUCUAGGAGCUGUAAUAAGCAUUUGGUAUAUCGGCUUUUGGACCUAUUGGUCGCGCGGCUAGUACCAGGGAUGGUUGAGGGUUAA